AUGGAAAAGGAUUCACAACCCAAUCGAGAUCGAAGUUUCACUGUCUCGUCACUUGCUGUGGAUAGCGCUCUUCUGCGGCGGAAUCUCCUUAGUACUAUUGCAUCUUCCUCAUCUCACACAUCUCCUGCCAUGCCCGAUCCCCUUCAAUCCCCUGACUACUUUGGUCUCCGCGAUGUAGUUUCAGUAGAACAACUUUUCAAGGUCCGUGCACACCUCGGUCAUCGCUCUAUGCUCCGCAACCCCUACAUGACACCUUACCUUUUCGGUACCCGUCAGGGAAUCGACAUCUUCGACUUGGAACAAACAGCAGAGCUGUUAUUUGAUGCUCUCAACUUCACUGCUCACAUUGCUUAUCGAGGUGGCAUCAUCCUCUUUAUGAUACAACAUAGGCAGAUGAUGCACCUGGUAGAAAAAACGGCCAAGAUGAUUGGUGAGUACUCCUACUGCCGGCCUUGGGGAGGCGGCGUUUUUACAGAUUCCACGAACUUCUUCGGUGCCACAACACGACUGCCGGACCUCAUAAUCAUGCUUAACACCGUAAAUCCCGUGGGUUUUGACCACGUGGCGGUACGCGAUGCUGCUAAGAUGCUCAUUCCCACAGUGGGCAUCGUGGACUCCAACUGCGACCCCCGACUCGUCACCUACCCAGUGCCUGGUAAUGACGAUUCGCCCGUCACUAUUCGCCAUUGGUGCGGCCUCUUCGCCGAAGCCAUCGCACACGCCAAGCGCCGAGCACGGAGAGACGACGCAACGCGAAAACGACUCGCCUCCGCUGGUGGCCUGGCACACCCCUAA